AGGAUUCCGGGAUAUAGGAGAUCCAGGUGUUUGAUGGCUCUCCAUGAGUACUGGCCCUUCUCCACACAUCACAGAGCUGUCCAUGCAACAUCCACCUCUAGUCAGACUCAUUUCAAAGGUCCUGUGGGCAGAGAAUAUUCCCCUUCACAGCCAUCCCCCAAUCAUCUGGUUUAAAAAAGAACCUAUUUCUUCAGGCUAGAAAUGGCCAGGGAGAGCUGUUCCUUCCAUAGGAUGCUGCAAUACUAUGAGGUUUACUUUAAGGAGAGAUCUAGCUGUUGUUUUCCACUCCCUACAGCAUGGUCAUAGAGAAAACAGAGUGAGAUUGUACCCAGAGGUACAUGGUUGUGAAACCCUCAUCCUGGGAGCUUUUCAGGGCACCAAACAAGACCUUGGGCAACCUGCUGUAACUCCAGAGCUCUCCCUGUUGACAAGAGGACUGACUGCAGGAUGACUGCAGGUGAACUCUAGAGGUCCUGUAUACCCCACAUUAUGAGUCAAUGAAACACAGGCUGAUAGAGUGUGGCACAAGCUGACCCAAGCCCACAGAACAGCUGUGCAGGGAGGCACGAAGUGCCACAGCAGAUGGCAUGAACUGUCCAGAAACAGGCUCUGAACCACUCAUACCUUCCAUGCACGUUUGCAUUGGAUUGCAAUAUGCCCUCUCCCCAUUUUUAACCACAGCUUUGUCAGGAGUUUGUUUUAUUCUUGCAUGAAUUCUAAUGAAUUUUAACCCCAAGAAGGAUCCAAUUUAAUACCAAUUACUGGUGACCAAUGAGACAGAUUCAACUGAAUAUUUCACCUGCAAUGCUCCCUUAAUUUGUCUGAAUUAUUUUGACAGGGACCACACACCAAAGCUUUAGGCAGUCAGAGGUCUGGGGAGGUGUUCUGAGAUAAGUUUCUGUGACCAAAAAAAUCCUCAAAUCAUCAUGAGGAUUACUGACUAAUGAUUAACUCAGGGAUUCAGCUGAGCCUUAAUGAUAAGUUAAAAAGCUCUACAAUAAGAGAAAUUAGGACUGGCACACAACAGGACUUCAGCACUCAGCCAGGAAAUGCUUUAAACUUUUCACUUAAGAGCUCUGAGAAGUGAUCCAUUCCUGCCAUCCCAGGCUUGCUGGGAUCCUUGUUCAAACUGCAGCGCUGCCUGCCUAAUCCGCAGCCCCAGCUCGGCACGUGGCUGUUGCUAAUGCAGCUCUUACUAAAGCAGAUCUGGAUCAAUUAAUCCCUCCCGGAUGCAGCUGCUUGACACAGGAACAGAGUUUGGGGCUCCCCAGGCAGUGCUGCCAAUGACAGCACCCCGAAAGCAAACAGACCCCACGCGUAAUCUUCAGCUCCCAUUAAUGAUCACUCUUUUUAAUGUAGAUAAUGGACAAAUCCGUUAUCUACAUUACGGAAAGGCAUUAUCUACUACGGAAAGGCUGCACAGAGCCGCCUUGGUGACAGACUACAUUUCCCAGGAGCCUGUUGCGCGGGAGUCUCUUGUGUCACUGCAGAAGGAGCUUGCAGCUCUGCGGAGCCGCUGGGGCUGCUGCAGCUCCCGGUGCUGCCGCUGGAGAAUCAUGACCUUCCGCAGCUUGACUCCUAAAGCACCGCGAGCCGACCUGCGCUAGGGCCCGCUCUUGCUGCAGACACAGCCGGGCAGGCUGGCUCGUUACCCUCGGUUCGUGAGAGAUGCUAGAUGUCACCUGCAGAAGAAGAGAGGAGCUUACCUCUUCCAGAGAGAUGGCCCCGAGCCAGCAAAUUCGCUCUGUCAGCCUGUGCAGCGGCUGUGGCAGAACUAGUGACAUUUCCCCUGGAUCUCACGAAAACCCGGCUGCAGGUCCAAGGUGAAGCUGCCGUGCGCCGCGGCGGAGCUGGGCCGGCGGUCCCGCACCGCGGGAUGCUGCGCACGGCGGCUGGAAUCGCGCAGGAGGAGGGCGUGCGGAAGCUGUGGCAGGGAGCCACGCCGGCCGUCUACCGCCACAUAGUAUACACUGGUGUUCGGAUGGUUACUUAUGAACAUCUCCGUGACUCCGUGCUUGGCAGGACAGAGGGUGAAAGCUUUCCUCUCUGGAAAGCUGUGGUUGGAGGCAUAUCUGCGGGUGCCAUCGGGCAGUUUUUUGCCAGCCCAACUGAUCUGGUGAAGGUGCAGAUGCAGAUGGAGGGAAAAAGGAAGUUGGAAGGAAAGCCGUUACGGUUUCGGGGCGUGCACCACGCAUUUCUGAAGAUCCUGUCUGAAGGAGGAGUAAGGGGACUUUGGGCUGGAUGGGUACCAAAUGUCCAGAGAGCUGCUCUGGUGAACAUGGGAGAUCUGACCACUUAUGACACAGUGAAACAGUUCUUGCUUCUGAACACGGCACUUGUGGACAAUAGUGUGACUCACAGCAUCAGCAGUGCCUGCUCUGGGCUGGUAGCAGCUGUUCUGGGAACUCCUGCUGACGUGGUCAAAACCCGGAUCAUGAACCAGCCAAGAGACAAGCAGGGAAGAGGUCUGUUGUAUAAAUCUUCCAUGGACUGCUUGAUUCAAACUGUCCAGGGUGAAGGGUUUAUGUCUCUGUACAAAGGCUUUACACCAACCUGGAUGCGAAUGGCACCUUGGUCACUGGUAUUCUGGCUUACAUAUGAACAAAUCAGAAGGCUGUGUGGAGUUACUUCUUUUUAAAAUCUUCAAUAUUCACCAAGGAGAGGAGUCAAGAAGCUGAAUUCUCAUUCCACGUGGUAGUAGGAUCACAUGCAUAACUUGUUGCUCCAAGUCCAGUCCUUACUUGUUGGGAACAGCCAUGAUUUAAGGAUACUAUUUGAUUGUCAGACUGCUGCAUGAAAUUUAUAUUAUCCACAGGAUAAAAUUGUCACAACAAUACUUCAGCUAGCAGCCAACAUCAGCUUUCCAAACCAGCAACAGGAAUAAAAAAAAACCCAAAAACCUACCAAGCAAAUAGAACAUAAUACUGUCUGUUUGUUUGAUAAUGGAGAUGGUUUCUGUUGUUAAAGACAAGAGCAGGUUGAUCAAUGCACUGAACAAGUUCUGUGGUUAAGCAUCUAUAAAAUUAUUUGGGAAUUUUUAUUGUAAAUUGCAUUUGCACACAGAUAAAGAACUACCUCUUGUUAGUUUGAUGUGCCAGCAAACCAAGCCUGUAGUGGUAGGUAUUAAAAAAAGAUAAAAGCAGUUUACCUGAUUCCAAAUCUGCUUUGCACAAAAAGUGGAAAGGUUUGUGUUCCUCUAACUUCCCAGAGACUGCUCGACCUCUCCACUCAACUCUUUGAGUAAGAUCAUGAUUGAAGUGCAGUCGUGUUCCCAGAAAAGCAAAAGCCUAAGUUGCUCUGCAACGCUUGAAGGUCUCAGGAGACUCCACAGGACCAAGCUGAGCUGCUUGUCCUGUGACAGUCCCGGUGCUGAUGUGGCAGACUGGGUCAUUUUCCAUGGAAAUGUGCACUCUCCCCACUUUAAAUCUCAAUGGAAAUACAACGUUCUCUUCAGUAAUGCAAAAUGUUUGAUCGGGAGUGAUUUAUUUAUUUUUAAACCUAAAGCCUUCCAGAUUUCAUAGAGAAGGAGACUAGUGCUGUUUGUCACUAGGUUCACCUUUGGCAAUCAAGAGUCAAAAAUGCAGUAUCAAAAGCAGCCAUGAGUAGAUAAAACAGAGCUGGCUUUAAUUUAGUAAUAUCUAGUAAUUGAGUUGAUGUAGAAAAUAUGGCUCUUUGAAUAAAUACCCAGGAUUUCUUCUAGUCUUUGCAACCAGUGUCUCCAAUGUGCCAUUUUUUCAUUCAACACAGUUUGGGUCUUUUCUUGGCUUGCACUUGUUUUGUCUGAUUGUACUGUAGUUCAGUUAUGGCUGUAUGCACUUGGGGUGUGCUUCCAGCUUGGAAAACGUUCAUCUCACCAUCAUUAGGGAGUCACAGAACCACAGAAUGGGGCAGGUUGGAAGGGACCACAGUGGCUCAUUGGGUCCCACCUUCCUGCUCAACUCAGAGCACAGGACACAGGAUUGCACCUGUCAGUUCUGGAAUAUCUCCAGUGAGGGACACUCCACAGCCUCUCUGGACAAUCCAUUCCAGGUCUUGGUCACUGCACAGUAAGUUCUUCCUCAUAUUCAGGCAGAAUCUCCUGCGCAUCAGUCCAAAGGUUUUGUUCAGAAAUCCUGGUGUUUUUCUAGCUGUCAUCCUGAGAAACAGAAUUUCUGUCUUGUACUCCAGCACCAGCAAUGACAAACCAGCAAAGCUGCUGCUUCAGUUCCAUCCCAAGCACUCCCGCCUGCCAUCCUGUUACCCUGAUAACCCAGUGAUGGAUACUCAGCUUUACCUUUCUCGUGAGACAGGAUAAGUGCUUUUAUCAUACAGUCAUAGAACAGUUUGGGUUGGAAGGGACCUCUAAGAUCAGUUCCAACUCCCUACCAUGGGCAGGGACACCUUCCACUAUCCCAGGUGGCUCCAAGCUCCAUCCAACCUGGCCUUGAUCACUACCAGGGAUUGGGAAUCCACAGCUUCUCUGGGAAACCUGUGCCUGUGUGUCACCACCCUCACAGUGAAUAAUUUCUUCCUAAUAUCAAAUCUAAAUCUGCUGUCUUUCAGUUUGAAGCCAUUCCCCCUUGUCCUGUCACUCCAGGCCCUUGUAAAAAGUCCCUUCCCAUCUUUCUUGCUGGCUCUCUUCAGGUACUGGAAGGCCACAAUUCAAGGUCACCUUGAAGCUUCUCUUCUCCAGGCUGAACAAUCCAAACCCUCUCAGCCUUUCCACCAAGGACUAUUGGUCAACCUCUCUGAUUAUCAUAACCAAUAUAUUAAUUAUAAAAAGUGUGUAAAACCACUUUUUUGCCUACAUUUAUCAAAGUUGACAUAAGCUACUUUUAUGGGCACACAGCUUGGGAAAAUCACUGAAACUCUAAGUUUUGUUAGAAUAACCUUGAUACACUUCAAUUAACAAAGCCUGAAAGAAGAGGGGUCUGUUGAUGAAACUGGAUACAAGGAGUACACAAUUGAUGGACCACAAAGACAUUCUGCAGAAAACAGCAGACAAAAAAGAGACUAACAAAGACUCAAUAUGUGUGCUGGGAAGUCCCUACCUGGGAAAAAAGAUAAUAAAAGGACUGAAGAAUAUAGACUAAUUUGCAAGAGAAGUGAGAAAUCAAUAUCCAACAGAGGACUAAUUAAUGAACAAGAAUUCUGUAAUAUAGAGCCAGUGAAAAUUAAUUUGCUAAAGAAUACAUAUAUAAAUAAACAUAAAAGUUUUGUAUCUGCAUCUG